UCAUGCACUCUGACAGGACACAGAGGAUAGAACAGAGAGGAGAGGACUGUUUCGUGACACCAUUUCCCCUUCAUUAUUGACUAACUAUAGACAUUUUAAAAUGCCUGGAAUAUUUUACCCAGAAGGCUCAGGGAUGGCUAUUAUUUCCUGAAAAACGAGUUUUCUCAUUUUGAAAUGACAUUUUAUUAGAUUAUGAUUUUGUUAUGACAUAACAUUAAAAAAAUAAAAAAAAAAAAAAAAUCAAAUUCAACUGGAUCAUUUCGAUCAACUUGGUACUGUAAAUGUAAGGACUUGAAUGGACUGGUACCAUUGGUACUACAACCUGAAGGAGCUAUUACAGGACACUACUAGAUACCGCCUGUCAAGAGAGGAUAUGGUAUUUCUUUCUUCCAUGAAGUUUGGUUUCUUCUCUGGUACUGCUGGGGUGGACUGCUGCUACUGUUGAGGACAAGGAGGCUGAGGAAGCUGCUAUAAGCCGGGGAGACUUCCUUGGACCUGGGACCCUGGGGGUGUGAUAGGAAGCUGCUCUAAGGAAGACUUGGACCUGGGACCUUGGGGGGGUAAUAGGAAGCUGCCCUAAGGAAGACUUGGACCUGGGACCCUGGGGGAGUGAUAGGAAGCUGCCCUAAGGAAGACUUGGACCUGGGACCCUGGGGUGAUAGGAAGCUGCUCUAAGGAAGACUUGGACCUGUGACCCUGGGGGUUAGGAAGCUGCUCUAAGGAAGACUUGGACCUGGGACCCUGGGGGGGUAAUAGGAAGCUGCUCUAAGGAAGACUUGGACCUGGGACCCUGGGGGUGAUAGGAAGCUGCUAUAAGGAAGACUUGGACCUGGGACCUUGGGGGUGAUAGGAAGCUGCUAUAAGGAAGACUUGGACCUGGGACCUUGGGGGUGAUAGGAAGCUGCUAUAAGGGAGUCCUGGACUAAGGGACCUGGGGGGACAUGAGGGUUCGUUUGGAUCAGGAUCAUCCAGGCCCCCUGUGACAGGGCAGAAAGAAAGAAGGAGCCCUGAUGUCUGAACUGCUGCUGCUGGUCUGUAUGUGUCUCCUCUGCUUUGGGACGGCUGGGGGACAGGCUGCUGGAGGAUGGAGACCAUGCACAGAUCUGUUACCUCUGGACUUCCUGUCGCGGGUCUUACCACCUGACGGGGAGCCCCCCCUGCCUGAAGUGCACAUGGUCCAGUCCAGGGGGGCCCGGGGCCUGCAGCUAGCCGGCUCUCAGGGGGCCCUCAGCUUCCCCGCCUCGCAGCUUUUCACCAACUGUGACAACUUCCCUUCUGAGUUCUCCUUCGUGGUCACGCUCAAAAUCCCACGCCUUGCCAACAAGAGGAACGAGUACAUCUUCUCGUUGGUGGAGGAGGAGUCAGACCGGCUGCUGAUUGGUCUGCUUGUCUCUCAGGAGAGGCUCCACUUCCUGUUCCAGGGCCCGACAGGCAGGAAACGGAUCACGUUCAAGGAGGUGCGGCUGGCGGACAACCACUGGCACACCGUGGUGGUGGCCGUCACCGGCUGCUAUGCUACACUCAGAGUGGACUGCGGUACUGCCCUGGAGCUGGUCUAUGAGAAGCCUUUCCCCAGUGAUCUCUGCACCGCCCAUUCCAGGUUCUACAUCGGCAGCAGGAGACGGUGGAAGGGGCUGUUCUCUGGUCUGCUGCGACAGCUGGUUCUGUUGCCUGGGUCAGAUGCCACCUCCCAGGUUUGUCCCUCUUCAGACCCCAGACUGGCAGUCCUCUCUGUCCCUCAGGCCCUGCUCACCAUACCCAUCACACCCACUGGGAAUGACAUAGUCCCUCUGUAUCCUUAUGAGGCGGAAGUUCGUAUAACCCUGGGGACCCAGCCCCCCUGUGCCAAGGCAGAGCAGGGCCAGCUGUGGUUUAACACACUGAAGAAAGGCCUGUUCCUGUGUGAUGGACGACUGUGGCUGCCUCUGCUGCAAGAGAAAGAGCGUCUGGACUACGUUGAAGACUACCAAGACCUUUACACCAACUCGGAAACGUUCGACAUCGAGGUGUUCCACAUCCCCUCCCAAGGACUGUUCGCUGCCACAGCCAAUCGCGAGGCCAAGCCGGGCUCCGGGAUCUACAAGUGGGUUGACGGGAAGUUUCAAGUGUAUCAGAACAUCAUCACCUACGAAGCACGGGCGUGGAAGUACUUCACUGUGGGCAACAAGAUGUUCCUAGCAGUGGCUAAUUCCAAGGGUCAGCCCGGCGGGGAGUGGGAGGAGUCAGUGAUCUACAAGUGGAGCAGCAGGAAGUUAAUGUUCUUACCUUAUCAGACCAUAGAGACACACAGCGCUCUGGACUGGGAGGCCUUCAACAUACAGGAACAACAUUUCCUGGCUGUGGCCAAUCACAGACGAGGUGACAACAAUCACAACAUCGACAGUGUGAUUUACCGGUGGAACCCAGGGACCAAGGUGUUUGAGGUGAAUCAGACCCUCGAGACAUCUGGGGCCUACGACUGGGAGUUCUUUUCCGUGGGCCCAUACCACUUCCUGGUGGUGGCCAACACCUUCGAUGGAAUAUCCACCAACAUCAACUCCACCAUAUACAUUUGGCUGGGAGGAAUGUUCCAGCCCUUUCAGUACAUUAAGACGGUGGGAGCGACGGACUGGGAGAUGUUCCAGAUAGGGGAUCGGUACUUCCUGGCGGUGGCUAACGGACAGAAACUGAACGAGAGAGGCCCUAGUCACUACAACAUCAACUCGACCAUCUACGAGCUGAACAUGAUCACACAGACCUUCAUCAAGUUCCAGGACAUCGUCACAAACAGUGCGGUGGACUGGGAAUUCUUCUCGGUGGGUGAAGAGAAGUUCCUUGUUGUGGCCAAUUCUCACGAUGGAUCCUCGUACUCUUUAAACAGUGUUAUAUACAGGUGGCAGGGAUAUGAGGGUUUUGUCCCGAUCCACCGGCUCCCUACCAUCGGCUGUACGGACUGGGAGUAUUUCAAUACCACAGCAGGCUCCUUUCUCGUCUAUUCCAGUGCCACCUCUCCCCUGUCUAAAGUCUUCAGACUGAAGACUUACUGAUUCCUCACUGUUCGUGACGCUCCGCUAUCUGAGAAACACGACGUAGUGGGGAUGAAUUACAGAUUAUUCUUGUCUUGCCUGGAUAGACUCAGGUUCGUUUUUCCUCUCCAAGUUGUGUCUGAGAUCCAAAGACUGUGGAAACAGAAUAUACGACUUUUUUUCUUUUUUUUAAAUGACGAGAGAGAUGUCGUCGCAGCAUGAGAGAGUGGGGGAAAUGAGGGGAAGGAAAGUGUGAUGUCGGUUUGUAAACAACUUUACGCUAUAAGAGGGACAAGUUUUAAAGUUCAUUCGCCACUUGAACGGGAUACUACAGGUGUAAAACAGUACGGCGGAAUUCACUGAGAGCUCCACAAUUCAGUGAUGAUAAUAAUAUAGAUGAAAAAUAGAAUAAAACAUUAAAGUAAGAAUAACGAUUUUGAGUUAAAGAAACAUGAGAAUGCAAGUAUUUACAGGUCAGUACCAGUUCCUUAUUCAAUGGGGGUCCUGGAGUGGUUGAGGUAGGUUUAUACAUAGGAAGUGAUUGGUCGUAGGAUGCACAUGUAAACAGGGCUGAAAGGCGACUGGUAGCAAGAGUAUAUAGAUAUUUAUGAUAAUAUAGAGGUAUUUAUUAUAAUCUGCAACAUUUCAACUUUUAAAAUACCAAGAGUCCUUGUAAUUUACAGCGUUGGCCUCACUCGGUCAACAAAACAUUUUGCUAAAGUUGCCCAAUUAGCUGGAAGGAUGAGGGGAAAAGUUCUUUGUGUCACGCAGUGCUCAAGUUUAUAACGUCUGUCAGUCAAAACCCCAUACAGAGCUGUGAUGUCACAGAGCCAGAGCUGUGAUGUCACAGAGCCAGAGCUGUGAUGUCACAGAGCCAGAGCUGUGAUGUCACGUAUAGCACGUCACUGUACAGACACUGCGUUCCAAUUUAGGCGUUUAUCAGUGCCCAAAUCUGAUUUUUUCAAUCCGUGUACGAGUGCAAAAAGGGUCCUUCGUGAUGUGGACACCCGAGGAACUUGAAGCUCUUGACACUCCACUGCGGCCCCGUUGAUGUGGAUGGGGGUGUACACCCCCUCCUGUUUCCUGUUUCCUGUAGUCCACCAUCAGCUCCGAAAGUCCACCAUUAGCUCCUGUAGUCCACCAUUAGCUCCUGUAGUCCACCAUUAGCUCCUGUAGUCCACCAUUAGCGCCUGUAGUCCACCAUUAGCUCCUGUAGUCCACCAUUAGCUCCUGUAGUCCACCAUCAGCUCCUGUAGUCCACCAUCAGCUCCUGUAGUCCACCAUUAGCUCCUGUAGUCCACCAUCAGCUCCUGUAGUCCACCAUCAGCUCCUGUAGUCCACCAUUAGCUCCUGUAGUCCACCAUUAGCUCUUGUAGUCCACCAUUAGCUCCUGUAGUCCACCAUUAGCUCCUGUAAUCCACCAUUAGCUCCUGUAGUCCACCAUCAGCUCCUGUAGUCCACCAUCAGCUCCUGUAGUCCACCAUCAGCUCCUGUAGUCCAUCAGCUCCUGUAGUCCACCAUCAGCUCCUGUAGUCCACCAUCAGCUCCUGUAGUCCACCAUCAGCUCCUGUAGUCCACCAUUAGCUCCUUGGUCUUACUGACGUUGAGAGAGAGGAGGUGGUUGUCCAGGAACCACACUGACAGUUCUCUGACCUCCUCCCCGUAUGGCUGUCUCAUCACGUCUACCAACCGUCCCAACCGUCGUGUCGUCAGCAAACUUGAUGAUGGAGUUGGAGUCAUGCACGGCAACACACAGUCGUUGGUAAACAGGAAGUACAGGAGGGGGCUAAGCACACACCCCUGAGUUGAGGGUCAGCUUAGCGGAGGUGUUGUUGCCUACCCUUACCACCUGGGGGCGGCCUAUCAGGAAGUCCAGGAUCCAGU